AUGCAAGCUCAGCCUCAUGGCAUGAAGACGGCUCGACCAUAUCGGUCACAUAAAUACCCCGCCUGUACUCGAUGUCACAAACGGCGGUCCCGAUGCACGAUCGAGAUCCCCGGGCAGGCAUGCCUACUGUGCCGGAUGCAUGGGGUGGCAUGCUCAUCUGCGAGCGGCAAAAAGGACGACCGGGUCAGUCCCAAAGUGGGCUUCAUCCAUCGCUCGUUGGUCGCCGACGAGAAGUCUCUCGAAGGGGUUUCCUCGCACAUUGUCGGCCCCGUCAUCGCGCGCGACACUCAGAUUCUCGACCAGUAUCUCCCGCUUGCGGCCAACACCAACGACACCGACACCAACACCAACGUCACGGCAGGUCACGUCAACACCUACAUCCACACGAACAACGGCGGCGGCGGCGGCCGUCGAGAAGCGCCCAAGCCGAUCUACCAUGUGCCGAUCCCGCCGCGGCGGCCCAGCCCGGCCGACUGCCACUGCGCGCGGAAUCUGCCUGCCGAGCUGCUCGAACAAGUCGACCCGUUCCUCGGGGUCCUGCUGGACAACUACUACGACAACAUCCACCCGUGCUACCCGAUCACGGACGAGGAGUAUGUGCUGUCGCAAAUCAAGGACCACAAGUCCACGUCCAUGUCUCUGUCUCGCACGUUCGUGGUCAAUCUGGUGGCGUACGCCCUCUUCUACUGGGACCCGUCGGCGGCGUUGGCCACCUUCCCCAAACCCGACCAGGACUUUGCCUGGCAGGCGGCCGUCGAGGCCAACCUGGGCGACAUGCAGAAGGGCGACCUGGAGACCAUCGUGUCCAUCUGCACCAACGUGAGCGGGCGGCCGUCGCGCUGUCUCCUCAGCAACGUGACCAGCGUGGCGCGCGCCGUGGCAUUGUCGCACGCCAUCGGCCUGAACCACGAUUGCAGCGAAUGGAAGAUCGGGGAGACGAAGAAGCGGAUGCGCUGGAAGGCCUGGUGGGCGGUCGUGAUCCAGGACCGCUGGUUCAACUUUGCCCAGGGCACGCCGCCGUAUAUUUCCAAGGGCCACUACGAUGUCCCGCUGCCGACCGUCGACCUGCUCACUCGCGGGCCGACCAAAUCGGUUUCAAAAUCGCCGCGCCACCGACGCGCCGCCGAAGUCUACAUCCAUUUCUGCCGCUUGACCGAGAUCGUCGGCGACGUGCUGCCGCUGAUCUACCACAUCCGCUCCGGCAACGACAGCCUCGCGGCCGAGCAGACGUCGCGGUCGGAGAUCGAGCUGAACCGCUGGCUGGAGAGCCGCCCCGGCUGGCUGAACCUGCACGAAUUCCACAACCGGCCCGCCGUGCCGGGACUGCUGAAUCUACAGCUGUGCUAUCUGUCCGUCCGCAUGUUGCUGCGCCGCAUCGCCUGGCACGAAAUCGCUCAGCGCGAAUCCGACCCGGCCUCGUCGUGGCUGCUCGGCUGCCAGCAGGCCGCUGAGGACAUUGUGCGCUUCGUCGCCUCGCUGCACCAGCACGACCUGAAUGCCUUCUGGCUGCCCUACAGCGCCCAUCACUUCACCUCCGCCGUCACCCUGCUGCUGCGCUGUGCCUUGGAGACCAGCUUCCCGCAUGUCCGGUCGCACUGCAUGCACCUCGCCCGCACCCUGGUCGAUUGUCUGAGGAGAUACCACGAUGAGUAUCAGUGGGACCUGGCCGAGACGGCUUUGCCGCAGUGCGAGACUUUCUUGAAGCGCAUUGAGGAUGCUCUGCCGAGGUCGCCGAAUUUCCCCUCCGCCUCGAGUGGCGCUGAUCUGUUGAAUCCACAUCCACAUCCGAAUCCGAAUACGAAUCCGAGUCCGACCCCUGGGUAUCUACAUCAUGAUGGCCACGAGAAUCUGCUGGGCAAUCCACUUCCGGACGAUGGCUUUGCCGCCUCGCAAUGGCACGGCUCCCUCGAAGAGCUGUUCCCCGACAUCUUCUCCGACUUUACAGACACCGCUUUAUUGACUGGAGAAGGUCGUCUUGACGUUAAUGAAUAG